GAUGAAUACACUGGUGAACUUGAAGAACUUGUUGCAACUGGAGAUCUUGGAUACGAUACUUACGACCGCGCAACAAUUAUUGAAAAGCUGGGUGCAUCUCAGAGGCUGUACAUUGAAGGAGGAUUCAACUUUUACGAAGCUGUGCGAUCAGCGGAGCCUCUUAUCGUUUACAGAGUUGCGUAUUCGCGUGAAUGCUGGGUCCAAGCUGGUAAUCGAGAAAGCCCCGCUCACGUAGAUCAUGGUCGGGUUCUGUCCUACAUCCCCCCAGCGCUACAACGCUCUUUUAAGAUUUGGAUCGCCUUCAAAGAUUUCAAUGCAGCGAGAGGGUUUUCGUUUGCAGAGGACGAUCGCGCCUUCAACAGGAUGUUGGUGAAUGGCAGCACUGGGGUUGUUGUGCAGCGGCCAGGUGACGUGGUCUACGUAAAUUCGCUGAUUUACCACUCUGUAUUACUCUGCUAUACUUCUGAAACACCUGAGAUCGACCGAUGGAGUAUAAUCGACGGAUAUGUUUUCAUACUCCGUGAAGACAUUCUGGUAUCCUACAUAUACGCAACACAAGCAAAGGCCGGGACUAGGAAGGGCGACAAUCGUGUCUGGGCUCGGAUCCUGAUGGCGUACUGCGCAAUGGAAGGGAGGUGGUUGGAU